UCAAGUUCUCUCCCAGUGCUCAAGUGCUCCGGAUCGUGGGGCCCGGCGGGCGGCGGGUGGCGGGCACGAGCUGGUUGCCAUGCGGAUCCAUGCACUCUUUUGUGCGGUGGCUCUGGCCCAGGUCGUCAAAGGAUCGCGCUCCCCGCUCUUGCAGGCUCUCGAAAGCACGCGAGUAGAAGAGGAGGCCCGGACACUUCUUAGUUCUCACCUCAGCGACAUGAAGACCUUGGAGCCUGAGGUGGUAGAGAUGGUUGUGCUGCGGCAAUGGUGGACGUUGGCGCGUGAGCUGGUCUCCAAGUCCCACGACCAGAAGGUGGACCUGUCCUUCUCCGUGCGGAAAGCCGUGCGCAGCCUCAAGGACGAGGCGGAUGAGUUGCUGAGGACGCUGAACCCCAAGUACGGCUUGGCCCAGCAGGUGUCUCCAGCUUUCCAGUGGGCUCAGAACGACACAUCCAUUUUCCUGACCAUCAAGUACACCGUGCGGUGGAAUGCGCCUGGCGCCCUUGAGGUGACGGAGCCCUCGGUGAACAUGUCGGGGAACUGCUUCAACUUCUCGGGGCUCGGGAAGCAUUCCAACAACAAGU